CUAGAAAGAGAUAAAUCUAUUUGAAAAAUAAAUCUAUAAUUUAAAAGGAUCUUCAUGAUCUUCUUCGUGAACAUCCCUAAUACAAAUAACCCCUCACCUCUUCAUACCUUUCUGCAAUUCCCACUCAAACAACGAAAGUCUAAACCCUCAUCCUCUCCUCCCUGCUCUUCAUUAUUCCACUAUCACUGAAGAUGCCGAAAAGAUCUGAAAUUUCCAGUUCAUCUGCCCCAAAAGCGAUGUCAGGCUACGCUUACGCCGGACCUAUAUCUACUGUGAAAACAACUGUGGGCCAAGGCAGUUUCGAGAACAAAUCACAAGUAAGUUUUAGCGACAAGCAGACCGGGUCCUAUGGCCGAGCAACGGCGACUGAGAAGGCGUCCACCGGAAACUUUCAGUGGCAGAACGGGAAGAGUGGCACCAGGAGUGAAUACAAGGAAAGCUCUACUGUCAGAAUCGGAGACCGGAGUGGGUACACAGAGGUUUACAGCGAGCAGAGGGUUCGCAAUGUGAAUUUCAACAACAAUGGCAGCAAGAACAUCAUAUCCUACGACAAUGGCGAUGGUGGAAACUAUGGUGGGUAUGGGUAUGGACAUGAUUAUGAUUGUGAUUAUUAGAUCUUGGUUGAUUCUUGUGUUUUUAUCUGGGUAAUGGGUAGGUUUUAGGUUUAUGAGAAUCUGAUCUCGAAUAAAGUUUCUGCUGAUCUUUAUCUGUUAGAAGUUAGAACUUAGAAGCAUAUCAGUAUGUGCUAAUGUUUGCUUUUGAAAUGAUCAUAUUUUGAUUUCUUGAUUUUUGCUAAAA